GUCUCAACAGAGAAUGAAAAAUGGCAGCCUGGUUCCCUUUCUUCCUCCUCCUCCUCCUCCUGGUUUGUAUCUUCCAUCAUUAUUCGAAAAACCACAAAAACCCAAAAAAGAUUCGCCGGCCACCAGGUCCUCCGGGGCUGCCAUUGCUCGGCAACUUGCAUCAGUUUGAUGGUGCAAAGCCUCAUGAGUUCCUGAGGCAGCUUUCCAACAAACAUGGCCCCUUGAUGUCAUUAAAACUUGGAAAAGUACCAGUUGUUGUGAUUUCUUCGGGGAAAAUCGCGAAAGAAGCGCUCAAAACCCAUGAUCUCACGUUUUCAGUGAGGCCAAAACUUGUUGGCAAUCAGAAGUUGUCCUAUGAUGGCAAAGAUGUCGCAUUCUCACCUUUUGGUGAGUAUUGGAGAGAGAUGAAAAAGAUCAAAGUAGUUCAUCUCUUAAACUCAAAAACACUUCAAUCGUUUCGACCCAUUCUUGAUGAUGAAGUUUCCCUCUUGAUUGAGGAGAUUUCGGAUCUUUCUGCUUCGAAUUCGGUUGUCAACUUGAGUUCAAUGGCAAUGUAUUUGACAAGCACUUUGAUCUGUCGGUUUGCUUUUGGGAAAAAGUAUGAUAAAGAGGAUCACAAGAAGAAGAGUUUUGAUCGGAUGUUGCGGGAAUCCGAGUUCCAUGUUGGAGGGUAUUUUUUGUGUGAUUAUCUUCCUUCGUUGAGAUGGAUUGACAAGGUUUUAGGGAAGUUUGAUCGUCUUGAGAAGAAUUUCAAGGAAUUGGAUUUGUUCUAUGAAGAACUCAUUGAAGACCAUUUGGAUCCAAACAGGGCAGAUGCCAUGAAUGAUGAUUUGCUUGAUAUUUUGAUCCAGAUAAAGCACAACCAAUCAUCAGCCUUUGAUCUUACUUGGGAUCACAUCAAAGCAAUUAUCACGGAUAUCUUCGUAGGAGGAACAGACACAAGUUCAGCUGCAAUUGUAUGGGCUAUGAUGGCCCUAAUGCGAGCACCUACGGUGAUGAAAAGGGCACAAGCAGAAAUCAGGGAUUUCGUUGGAAAAAGUGGAAAGAUAGGGGACCAACAAGUUCCUUAUUUAGAUGCAAUAAUAAAAGAAACUUUCAGGUUGUACCCCCCAGCUGCCAUUCUGCCAAGACAAACUAUGGAAAGUUGUAGGAUACAUGGAUAUGACAUUGAAGCCAAUACUAUGGUUUUCAUCAAUGAAUGGGCGAUUUCUAGAGACCCUGAAAGUUGGAUAAAUUCAGAGGAUUUUGUUCCAGAGAGAUUUUUGAACAGUAACAUUGAUAUUAGAGGAAAUGAUUUUGAAGUUAUUCCAUUCGGGUCGGGUAGGAGGGGUUGCCCCGGAAGCUCCCUUGGGCUAUUGAUUGUGAAAGUUACACUUUUCAACCUUCUUUACUCUUUUGAUUGGGAGUUGCCUCAUGGGAUGAGAAUAGAAGACAUCGAUUCAGAUACAUUGCCAGGAUUAAUCAUGCAUAAAAAGAACCCUCUUUGCCUUGUGCCAAAAAGAUACGCCUAAUUGUGUCGUGAAUUAAUUCCUCCCACUAGUGAAAGCAAAGUGCUAGCAACAUGAGAUUUUUGUGUUAAGAUUCUACCCAAAGUUUAUUUAGUGUGUUUCUUUGUAUUCUUCUAUGUUUUAGUGUUGAGUUGCCAAAUUCCCAAUGGCUUGCGCCACCGUGAAGGGUUUGUCAUUAACUCAUGAAGAGAGUUUUAGGACAAAGUCCACACUGACAAUGAUGGCUAGUGUGCAUUAUUCUAUAGAGUCAUAUUAAGCUCUGUUAAGGAAAUGCGAUUUUUUUAAGUAGAACUUAGUCCAUAUUAUCAUAAAAAAAACAAAUAUUAUGACAUACUCUUUUGAAUAGAGCUCGAUGAUCAAUAUGACUUUAUUCAUAUCUAUAGAGAAGCGAAUAUUAAGGCGGAUUAUAAUUCUCUGCUGUUCCUAAAUCUUGUUAUCAAAAUAUUUAUUUACAAAC